CCGCAGAGCCCGGACGCACUUCCGGGGACGGCGGCUGCGGGUGACGCCAUCAAAGAGCGACGCACCCGGAAGCGCCAGCGAGGCAGCGCGUCGCCAUAGGAACGUCCCCGCCAUGGGCCUGUGCAAGUGCCCGAAGCGCCGGGUGACGACGCUCUUCUGCUUCGAGCACCGCGUGAACGUCUGCGAGAGCUGCCUGGUCAGCGCCCACGCCAAGUGCAUCGUGAGGUCGUACCUGCAGUGGCUGCAGGACAGCGACUACAGCCCGCAGUGCCCGCUGUGCCAGGCGCCGCUGGGCGAGCGCGACACCGUGCGCCUCGUCUGCUACGACGUGUUCCACUGGCCGUGCCUGGCGGGGUGGGCGCGGGCGCUGCCCCCCCGCACGGCCCCCGCCGGGCACCGCUGCCCGCAGUGCGGGGGGCCGCUCUUCCCCCCCCCGAACCUGCAGGGCCCCGUGGCCGAGGCGCUGCGGGCGCGGCUCCGGACGGCGCCCUGGGCCCGGCCCGGGCUGGGGCUGCCGCUGAUCGAGGACUCGGAGGAGCCGCCGGAGCCUGAGACCUCCCCGGAGCCUGACGGGGGCUGGGACGCCCCCCUCACGCCGCCCGAGCCCCCCCCGAGCCCCCCCACCCCCCACGCCGUCGUCCACAUGGGGGGGGAGACCCCGACGCUGCACGCCGGCUCUGCUCCCCGCAAGCCCCUGGGGGGCCGCGAGGCCUGGAGCCCCCCCGACCGCGACGAGGACAAAUACCGGCGGCGGCCGCUGGCCUGGCUGCCCCCCAAGCUCAGGUGCCGCAUGCGCGGGGCUCCACGGCGCCCCCUGCUGGCGCUGUGCCUGGGCGGGGCCGCGGCCUUCACGCUGCUCCUGCUCCUAUUGGGCAGCCUGGGCAGGGGCGGGGCCGACUCCGACCCCGCCCUGGAGCCGCUCAACAACCCCCACGUGAGGGUGGGGCACUGACCACGCCCCCGGUGGGCAGGGCUACAGUGGGCGUGGCAAAUAAAGGGCGCCCCCUUGUGGAGAGGGAGGCAGAAAGUG